UCCAACACUUUGUCCGAACACCAGAUAUUAUAUCUAAAAAUCAUUUGACUUGGAAGUUGAAACCAAAGGAAUUAUUUGUUAUUCAGAAAGGAAAUCAAACAGGGGGAAAAAAAAACCUAUUCAAACGCAACACCGAGCACUGAUCACAGGAGGUCAUUUGUGGAAGUCUUUAUUUAACGAUCACCCUGUUAAUUCUAUACAGUUAAUUCUGUAAUGUUGUGACUGGAUUUGAGGGGGAUAACUAAUAGAGGAUGGAAGAUUUGCUUGGAGUGACUGAGAGUCAGGCAGGCGUGACUAAAUCUGAAGUGAAUGGAAGAUCCUCCGUGAAUGUCCAGACUCCAGGAAAGUCCAUUUCUAUACCACCUCUGGAAGGGCGAAGGAGUAUUCUAAGCUUCAACUCAACUCGACUCAAUCAAUCCAUUCAAUCAAACACGACGCAAAAUCAAUCUGUUCACUCGAACACAUCCGGAAACACGUCAGCAUCCUACCGCCGGAUGGGAACGCCUAUGACCCAAAGCGAUUUCGACGACAUUCCGGAUAGGAAUAUGUCCCCGGAAUUUCGGGGUAAAUGGCGGACGUCACUAUGGGGAUGUAUGGGGAACCCCCAUCUGUGUUUGUUAACAUGUCUGUUUCCCUGCUACACGGCAGCUAAGAAUGCCCAGACGGUGGGGGAUCACUCUCUGUCCGUGGGGCUCCUUUAUUUCCUGUUUUGGCCUUACGGUGUUUAUGUAGCAGCCGACACACGAAGGAGGAUCCGGGAACGAAAAAUUAUAGACGUGGAGAAACCCGGUACUCAUCACGUGAUAUUUGUAACUAAGGGCGCUGUUAUAUAAAUACCCUCAUUUGAAGCAGAUCAGUGCAAGCCAUACGGGUGCAGAAACGGUCGGUGGGUGUUUGUCUCUUGUCUGUGAUAUUGUAUAUAGAGCCUAAAGAUUAGUACACAGUAACCGGUGACAAAAUGGGAGAAUUUCAGAAUGGCCUGUGUGGAUGUUUUAACAACAUGACCCUAUGUCUGAUCACGUAUGUGGCCCCCUGCUACACUGCCGGUAAGAACGCAGAGGCGGUGGGGGAUAGCUGCAUGAUGGUAGCUGUCCUGUACUGGCUCAUAAACCCGGCCGGAGUUUACUUUGCUGCCAAAGCCCGUGAAAAGAUCCGAGAGCAGAAAGGGAUUGAAGUAAGUUUAGGGACAGGUCUCGGAAUCCGUUGAUUUUAAGUUACUAUAAUGCCCAUAAUCAAUGUACGGAGGAAGCUAAGAGCAGAUUCUGAAUAGAAAUCAGGACAGACGAUUUAAAAAAAGUACUACACCGAUACGGAUAAAUAAGAUGGAAA